GGCUAAAACGUUUUGGGAAUUGACUGAACCGAUUUGUUCAAAUGAAUCGGUUCAAAUGACUCAUUCAUAGGUCGACAUCUGCGAGCCUUGCCCUUACGUCACUGUUGAAGACUCCGCUUGCGGGUUUGUUGAAGGCGGAAUAGUAGAUCCGUCGGUCCGAUGACCGGAGCCGCUGCAUGGCCUCACGAGCUGCAGACUCGUAAAUACCGUAGAAAUCGAACGGAGAGGAAAAACGGCGAGCGAUUCCCGAGUCCGAUGAGCAGCUCGAAGUCCUCGAUUGACCUGCAAGCGACAAAUGCUACAUGUUGAGUAAAGGCCUGAAGCGGAAACUGGAGGACGAGGACGAGCCAGAAGUGAGUAAUAAUGGCUCCAGUCUGGACGAGUCUGAGUCCGAGUCCUCCAGCGGCUACAGACUCCAGCGGCAGACGGUGCUCAAUCUUUCCCUGCUGAAGCUCCACAGCGUCCCGGGACACUCAGAGCCACGUCUGUCCCGCCGGGUGCUCAUCUCCAACACCCUCCGACACAUCAGGGAUGAGCUGCGGGUGGAGGGCGGCGCUAGUGUCCGUCUGCAACCCUCUAUCACUAAGGACGCUUUCAGCUCAGCACUGGCUGACAUUGAAGAUCUGUGUCCGACUGUGGGAAUCACGGCUCUAUUUUCCACAGCGGAUGUUUCUAGUAGCAGUGAAUCGGUUCAUUCUGAUGAGUCGAGGAGUGUUGAUUCGGAUCUUUCUGAAAUGAGAAGCAAGUCGCUUUCUGACUCCACCCACCCUGUGUUAGGACACACCUCCUCGCUCAUCGCCGAUUUCUCAUUGGACGAUUUCCUGUUUACAGAAAUAGACAAUUUUUUAUUGGACAGCAAGACUGGUUUUGGUGGCGCAGGGAUUGGCCAAUCAGCGCUUCAGACGAAUCAGACGUUUAAAUUAGAUCUGAGCGAACUGGACCACAUCAUGGAGGUUUUGGUUGGGUCGUAAUUAUUUUGACAUUUACAUUGUCGGUUUCAUUUUAACGUGAAUUUAGUUUUUAAAGUUUUUUGUGCUUUAUCAUGAAAUGUGUUCAAUUUUCUUCAUAAAGGGUUACUUUGGCAAUGAAAAUAUACGCUUAUUUUGGUUUAUUUAUUUUGAUAACAUUAUCAGAGGGUGCGCAAUGUAAUGUCAUGUAAUACAUUGCGGCUAUUUUAUAAUAUUAAUAUAAUGUUAUAACGUGGUAUUUUAAUGGUUCUUUGUGUUCCUUGUGAAAAUUUCUUAUGAUUUACAGUAUUUUAGCAUUUAAAUAUUUAAAUAAAAUUUAAAAUGAAAA